AUGACAAAGUUCAGGGGUUGUAUUGAUAUACAUUCUGGACAAGUAAAGCAAAUUGUUGGUGGUACUUUAACACAGGAUGAUACAAAAGAAUUGAAGGAGAAGUCGACCACCACUGAGAACUUCGUUUCAACCAAACCUUCAUCAUAUUAUGCUGAGUUAUACAAAAAUGCAGGUAUAAAUGGAUGCCAUGUAAUUAAGUUAGGAUCCAAUCCAGAAAACGAUGAAGCAGCUAAAUUAGCUUGUAAGCUGUGGCCAAAUAACUUGCAAGUAGGCGGCGGAAUCAAUGGUGAUAAUGCAUUGGAAUGGUUGGAUGUACAUAAAGCGUCACAUGUUAUUUUGACUAGCUGGUUAUUUAGUGAUGGUGUUAAUGGUAAGGAAUUUGAUUGGGCGAAAUUAAAACAAGUAUCCGAAUUGGUGGGCAAAUCUCGGUUGAUUGUAGAUUUGAGUUGCAGAGAGUUAAGAGUUGAUAACAAAGUUGAAUGGGUCGUUGCUAUGAACAAAUGGCAAACUUUGACCAACAGUAAAUUAAGUGCUGAAUUUUUAGGUGAGGUAUCUCAAUAUUGUGACGAGUUUUUGAUACAUGCUGCAGAUGUGGAAGGAUUGUGCAAGGGGAUUGAUGAAAACCUUGUGGCCAAAUUAGGAGAGUGGUGUCCUAAGGGAUUUGAGGGUAAGAUAGUCUAUGCCGGUGGUGCAAGGCUGGUGGAGGACUUAGAUACUGUCAAUGAAUUAAGUGAUGGUAAAGUGGAUUUGACUUACGGAAGUGCAUUGGAUGUAUUCGGCGGAAAGCUAGUCAAAUUUGAUGAUCUCGUGUCCUGGAAUAAAUUACAAUAA